UCCACCUUCCAGCUGUUAUCUGUCUCUCUGCCGCACUGGUGAUCUUGUAAAAAGCAGAGUUACAGAAGCACCGCGGAUUAUUUCAGUAUUAGUGCAGAUUUGGAGAGCCGCAGCCCACCAUGCACUACUUGGGCCUGUGCUGCUUGCUGCUGCAUGGGAUCUUAGCUCAAGCCACAGAGCUGACAUUUGAAUUACCUGACAACGAUAAACAAUGUUUCUACGAAGACCUAGAGAAUGGAGUCAAGUUUGACAUAGACUUCCAAGUCAUUGCAGGUGGGAACUAUGAUGUGGACUGCUUUGUCACAGAUCCUUUCAACAAUGUCCUGUAUCAGGAGAGAAAGAAGCAGUAUGACAGCUUCUCCCACACCACAACCACCAAGGGAGUCUACAAGGUCUGCUUCAGCAAUGAGUUCUCAACUUUUUCACACAAAACGGUGUACCUGGACUUCCGUGCUGGCAAUGAGCAACCCCUCCUCCCGGACAUGAACAGAGCCACAGCACUGACUCAAAUGGAGUCAGCAUGCCUCUCCAUUCAUGAGAUCCUUAAGGUGGUGUCAGACUCCCAGACAUGGUACAGGCUGAGGGAGGCGCACGACCGCAUCCGGGCCGAGGACUUGCACGAGCGGGUGACCUACUGGUCCAUCGGAGAGACCAUGCUGCUGUUUGUCGUCAGCAUCGGUCAAGUCCUGAUGCUCAGGAGCUUCUUCAGUGAGAAGAAAGGCACAGUGGCAGCCUCCACUUAGGACUUAGAGACCAGAAGUACUCUCAAGAAGACUCGCAUCAAGUAGCUGCCAAGUAACUGUCUGCAGAAUAGUGCACAUCUUGUGUUACUUUUGAAAAGUAACACCCCUUUUGGUUAUGCUGAAAAUGAGCUAGUUGUCUCACAAAUUUGCAGAGAUAAGAUUAUAUUUUAUGACAUGCUAAAGGAAAUGGGUUUAGUUGGUAGACCAAUCUGUUUAUCUACCAGCUGGCCUUAGGACUGUUGUGAAUUUUCAUCUCAGAGAAAAAGUUGUUGAAUUGAAUUCCACUGCCUUGUCAAGUUGUGACUUUAUUUUCAUGAAAACUGUGUCAAAUUUGUAGAAACCAAAGAAAUGUCUCUAUUUGUUAGUUCUUGUUUUAUAGUGUGAAUUUAUGUUGUUAAUACCUUAAUUUAUGUGUAAAAUGCUGUAGGCUACUCAAGUCGUUGGUGCUCUGCUUCCUUCCCCUCCUUGUCUCUCUUUUCCUCUCUCUCUUUUACCCCCAACAGUGCCUUGGAAUGAGGAUGCUGACUUUUUUUUUCUCCUUUUGUCAAAUUUCACAUUCAAAUUGAAGGUGCACUGUUUUACCUGUUACAUGCCAACAUGUAGCUGUUUACUUCUUGAUUGGAUUCCCAGUUACAUUUAUUUGUUUUAACUUUAAAUGUUAAUCAGUGAAGUGUAAUUAAAAGCUCCUUACU